CUCCUCGAUGUUCAGAUUUGCUUCGUCAGGGCCAACAAGCAAGAAGAAGCCGAAGCCGAAGCCCGAAAGGAAAUCCUCUCCUCUGCAUGAUUCAGUAAAAAUAUGCUUGUAGUCUUUAGAUCUCAAAUUCUGUGAGCCGAGCCAGCAGUGGUCUUGUACUAGUCUUGUUUUGGACUUUGUGUUACACGUUUGGCAUAGCAGGUCCAGUCUGUUGCCCUCAGUGGCCUGCUGACCUUUUUGUCACCUUCGAAAUAUGGAAGAAUCGUCGGAGACUCGGACGUCGCUGACCCUGGACAAAGGGGGCAAUCAGUCAGAGUAUAGUGGUCUGAUCAAGACCUCCACGUCCCACGACGCUAUCCAAAAUCCAUCAGCUUUCACCAAGGUGGCGAAGAAAAGUCGGCAGAGUGUACCGGCAUCCUCGCAUUUCGUCUUCUCACAAAGCUCUCCCUACCGGGAAAUGGUGGUGGAGAGUCUUACUGAAGAGGGGGACGAGGCUAGUAAAAUGGACCGGAACGCCAUCGGCAGCCCACUAACCAGAGCGGCUGUGUGCAACGGCAGUGACGGAAAGCUGAUCUCGUCUGGCUCGGAUAGCGCAGGUGUCUCGAUGCACGCCAUCCCGUCCAGUUUCAAUCUUCUCAGCGACGUCGACACGUCCUCUUUUGAGAAUAUCACCAUGGCAACCAGCACACAGACCACGUGCGAGAUACUAGGCAGCGACACGGCAGCACAUACAACAACGGCACAAGCGCCAGCCGGCUCUCAUAGUGCACGGCAGAAUCCAGGCAGGCCAGAUGAGACGCACUCUCCUGCCGACGAGACUGGCUUCCGACCCAUCUCUCCGCUGAGGAGCGAGCCAAGCUUACAUCAGCCCUCCAGUACAGCAUCUCAGCUAGAGGUUACGCGUGCCUUUCCACCAUCGGCUGUGCCCAUUACUGGCAAUACGGUCGAUGAAAGCAGGACGGACUCUGCUGGCGAUAGGCACAUGCAAACAUCGGAUUGUCUACCUCUAGGUGUUGGUGGUGGGCAGGGAGAUGACAUUACGCUGGUGGAUACUGGCUCCAUGUACAUACCGCACUCUCGGCGUGGCUCCUACUCUGGUGAAACCGAAGUGUUGCCUAGCCGCAGAACGUCGGGUGAUAAGUCUACGCACACUCAUGAGCAGUUUCAGCUUAGACAGGACAACGGCUCAUGUCUAAACUCCCUUGGCGUUACUAAUGUGCGGGACAGCAGAGCGUCAUCUAUCGAUGCCAAUUUCGACCUCCGGAGCGUAUGCAGUGGUCACGUUGCAUGUGAUACCGCCUGCCCCCCAAGCCAGUCCAGUGACCAGGAUUCAGACUUUGCAUCUUCGCCCAAUCUCUCUCUCCCACAUCUCAAUCGUCUUCGGAAGGAGGCGAAUAGAGUGGAUAGCGUCUCUUCCACUGACCGUUUGACACCCAAUCAGUCCGCUCAGUCAGCAGGAAAAGGCAAGAAGAAAGCCGGCACGUCGAGCCGCUGGGCGUGGCUAGUGUGCGCCGCUUGCUUUGUGAUCUAUUGCGUGGCACACGGCACUCGUUUUGCCUCCGGUCUCGUCUACACUGAGCUCAUCAAGCCCCCGUGUACUGGCAAUGAAACUGACCCAUCCAUGUGCGGCGGCUUCGGUGCUUCAGCUUCUGCCACAGCAUGGAUCUUCAGUCUCUACAGUGGUAUAAUCCAGGGCCUGGCACCGCUCAGCAGUCGCUUGAUCCGUAACUACGGCUGCCAGUUCACCGCCUUCCUGGGCGCAGUGGCGCUCGGUCUUGCGUACUUGACAAGUUCCUAUGUCCCAGCACUCUUCGGUCUGUUCCUCACGUACGGAGUGCUGGGCGGCGUUGGAGCGUGUCUCCUCUACAACGCCUGCAUUUUAAUGAUCGGCAGCUAUUUCAAGAAGAACCGUGCAACAGCCAACGGCAUGGCACUGUCCGGUGCAGGCUUUGGCGGAGUGGUCAUCACGUUUGUGGCGCAGACCGUCCAGUCGCAAUCUGGCUGGCGAUCGUUCUACCGCUACAUGUCCAUCACCACCCUACUGAUGCUGCUUGCUACUAUGGUGCUGAGUCCGGCUAGCAGCAAACGCGGUCGCCUGUAUGUGCGUCGGCACAGCACCGUAACUCCGCAUGACGUCAAGCGUGCAUUUGCUGGUCGUAAGAGCAAAGUACCUGCUGGCACGUUGCGGAGUGGACGAAUGUCGCCUGACGCUGCCCUGAAGACGAUCAAGGUGAGCGUUGAGACGAAGAUCAUGGCAAUGCGCAGCCGCAUGCGUCCUCGCCUGUUUGUGCUGAUGAUCAUGGCGUUUCUCUUCUACGACGUCGUCUCCUUCAUUCCGUUCUUCCUGAUGCCGGACAUUGAGGGCUUGCAGCCAGUGACGGUAACAUACAUAAUGUGUGCGUCUCUUGGUGUUGGUUCUGUACUCAUGGGAGUUAUCAGCAGUAAGGUCAAACUCAACCCCUGUCUUCUGCAGUCCAUGAGUUUCGGCGCAAUAGGUCUUGUGUGCGCCAUCCCGGUCGUAUCCAAUGCUAUCAACCACUACUACGCAUUCUCCGUGAUAUACGGUCUGUUCAAUGGUGCAGCGUGGUCGUUGUUCGUGCCGACAAUGGUGGUAAUCUUGGGCUCGGCUCACAUCCGCCGUUACAUUGGCUUCAUUUUCUUCAUCGGCAUGCUGGGUACAGUGGCCGGACCACCUGCAGCAGGUGCUGUCUUGGACUCCACCAAGUCGCACCGUAACGUCUUCCUAUUGACCAUGUCGUUCCUGAUUGCCGGCUCUAUCCUGCUGCUGCUCGACUACCUGGGACUGCGUUGGCAAGUGCAGCACGAGGAAAACCUGAUCCACCGCAGUCAGCUGGGUGCCAUGAUGCGUGGCCUGGCCAAGGAGACGACGGAGCGCAAUUCCGGCCCCUCCAGCUCCCCGCCGACGCGUCGCACCGGAAAGCCGCCGCUGCUGUCACGCCAGACCACCAUGAUGCGCCUGGACAACAUCCGGCGCGACGCAAUACAGCUGCUCGACAUGCCCUUCUUCAGUGACAUAUACGAUAGCCCGGCAGACGGACCCAUGGAGGAGUUCUCCAUGGAAACGUUCCGCAGGAGAAGCCAGCGCAAAACCUUCAGCAUGCGCAUGUCACGUAAGGGGAAAGGCGACAGGAAUGCAGUGUUGAUUGAGGACGACGACCGGAACAGCAUGCGAAGUCCGACCUACAUAGACUCAUUGCCUGAGCGACUGGACUGACAUUCCUCCCGCCAUCAGUGUGGCUGCUGCUACUGCUGCUGCUGCUGCAUCAGCUCUAGUGUAGUGCCCCAUCCCGGGAUAAAACAGUGGACAUAAAAUCAUCGUGUGCAUGCAUGUGCUUGUCGGACGUCUUGCCGCCUGCUGCACAAGCUCCGGUUUGACACCACUAGCCAGCCCCUGCUCUACAUCAGCCAAUGGGAAACGCGCGCGCGCGCGCGUGUGUGUGUGUGUGUGUGUAUGCGUGUGUGUAUGUGUGCGUGUGUGUAUGUGUGCGUGUGUGUUAGGACUGGCUUGGCUGUCCCCUCCACAGGCACCUGUGAUAGUGUUGACACGGCCGUGCAAUGGCAAUUGAACCCGUAGAUACACGACGCUGUGGACGCAUGGUCAACAGCUAAACCUACUACAGCCACAGGUCGUGAUUAUGCAACAGCUGAGUGAUGGUGACUGUCGCUGUGAGCUAUGUGCAGUCACGCUCUUUCGUGUGCCAGUUCGGUGACGAGUAAGAUGAGCCGUGACACUGCUAUGUUUCGUCACAACGUAGUAAUCACCUGCUAUGGACCCAGUGCAGCAUACCAGUCUCUUUACAGGCAGCGCAUGGUUCUUUUUUCUUUUUUUGUAACUAUAAAUCAGCCUCUUGUAUGGGCAAAACAAAAAAGAUAGUGCAUGGUUCAUUCUUGGUCUCUCGUGUGUCUACAAUGUACAAGCUGGCCUUGCCCUGUGCACGGCCCGUGUAAGCAAAGAGCCGCCCUCAGUUGGGUUGUAGUACAUCAGGGCCUGAGUAGCAGAAUUGCACUGCUCCCCGGUUUGCAGUGGAGAAUUUUCACUUGGCACAUGAUGUUUAGUGAGUGUGCACAUUUAGCUUUUUUUGUUUGUUUUAUUUAAACCAAGAGUACAUAACGGUUUUUUAUUUUUUUAAUUAUUUUUUUACGGUUUCUGUACUCCUGCUAUAUAACUAGUAACACUGCCUGAUCUUAACUGUUACUUGGUUUCUAAACCUUUCGACAGCCCUGCCUGUCGUUCAUUCGACAGCCCUGCCUGUCGUUCAUUCGACAGCCCUGCCUGUCGUUCAUGUUCUUUUCUUCUUUUUCUGCCUAACCUUCUAACUUGUCCAACAUCACACGUUUAGCUUUUUAUCCGAUGUGACCCGCUAUGGAAUCGCUGAUGCGGUGGUUGCCAUUACCGUGCUUGCCAUCCGCGGACUACUGUGCUAGCUGGCUUUCAAAUUCGCCUCUCCGCAGUGCACUCUUGUUGAGAUACACGAAAGUAAUCCUUCCUACUCUGAGUUUGUUAAUCCCACCAGAUCACUUUCCGCAUUGGAUUCUGACUUUCAUCUUUCUAAUAAGUUGGCUCUCCACUUUCUGCCCUUUUUCAGUUUUUACCUUUUCAAAGAUUGAAACAUGUACGUACUUUGAAGUACUGGAGUACAUUCGUAGAUACAUGGGUGUAGACGCCUGCAAAAUUUCCCCCACUGAAAAGUCGUAUAAGCCGCGGCCUGGCGGACAUCAUCAGCUCUUAUUUUAC